AUGCCUAGCAAGUUAAAGAAGGCAAUUGGUGCGGUGAAAGACCAAACCAGCAUUAGCCUUGCCAAGGUCGUCAACACCAAUUCCGCCAGCCUCGAAGUGGCGGUCCUCAAGGCCACCACCCACGACAAAGCCCCCUUCGACGAGCGUUAUGUCGAUGAAAUCCUACGAACCGUCUCCUCCAACAAGCUCUUCGCGGGGAUCGCCGCCCGUGUCAUCGCCAAAAGAUUAGGCAAAACAAAGAAUUGGGUCGUCGCCCUCAAAUGCUUGAUGCUUGUCCUUCGCAUUUUCCAAGAUGGCGACCCUUAUUUCCCUAAAGAAGUCCUCCAUGCAAUGAACCAUCGAACCAAUAUCCUGAAUCUCCCCACUUUCAGAGAUGAAUGCAGUUCCAGUCCUUGCGAUUACACCGCUUUCGUCAAGUCCUUCGCCUUCUAUCUCGAAGAACGCUUGGAAUGCUUCCUCACGGGGAAGCUUCAAAGGCGAUUCACGUUCAAAGAGAAACAACUUAGCCAUCCCAGGGCACGUCGAGCUAACCAACAACCUGUUCGACACAUGAAGCCCCCCAUGUUGCUCGAUCGGAUUUCCUAUUGGCAACGGUUGCUUGCUAAAGCUAUUGCCACAAAGCCCAUAGGUUCAGCCAAGACGAACCGCUUGAUCCUGGUUUCCUUCCAUGCUAUCGUACGAGAAAGCUUCGAUCUUUACAGGGACAUAUCUAACGGGCUCGGUCUUGUCUUAGAUGGUUUCUUUCAUUUGCAGCAUCAAUCAUGCGUUAAUGCCAUCAAUUAUUGCGUCAAAGCCAGCAAACAAUUCGAAGAGCUUUCGAGUUUAUACGAGUAUUGUAAGAGCUUGCCAAUUGGGAGAACCUCGGAUUAUCCGAGUGUGCAGAGGAUAUCAGAGGAGCUUAUUGAGACAUUGAAAGUGUUCUUAAAAGACCAAGCUUCGUUCCCAUCAGCUGGGAUAUCACCACCUACGAAACCACAUCGUUUGCUUCGUCUCCUAACGUCAGCCGCCAAGGAUCUCUCGCUUUUGGAGAUAGAAUCUCAGGCCGGUUCGAGCUCGAUUGUUUGUACAUCGUUGGAAGAAUUGAUGAAUCAAGAUGAAGAACCUGUUGUAACAAUGAGGUCAUCUUUCUCGACGGGGACUUUCUGGGAGUUGUCUGAAAAACAGUAUCGCGAGCAAGAAGAUUCGUAUAAUGCCGCUGAAACUGGCUCCAACCAUUCCUUACCCAUUGAUCAAGAUCAAAAUACGAGUUUAGAUUUUAUAUCCUUCGAUGAGUGGCCAGCAGUAGAUGCUAAUAAAACCCAAGGACAACAAAGUUCAGAGCCAUCAUCGUCUUCAGCUAAUGGUGACAAGGGCUGUUGGGAACUUGCUUUAAUAGAGCCCACGCCGUCGCCACAACCUGUGCCACAGGCUUCCCAAAACUUGGCUAAUAAUAACUCUUUCUUCGGCAACUGGUUUCAGCAAGACCAUAGAAAUCAACAGGCGUCUCAAACUGGAGUCAAGGUUCAUUCAUAUAUCGAUGACUGGCUACUGCAACAACACCACCAACAACAAUGGCAAGCUUCCAAUGAUGUAGCCAAUGGCCAUACGUGUUUCGAUGACUGGUUAAAGGAAGAUAAAAGUCCAGAGCAUGCCCCUAAUCAAAUUGUCGUAUCCAAUGGCCGCUCUUAUUUCGAUGAUUGGUUUCAAGCAAACCAAAGAGACCAAGAAGAACGAAAAUCAGAUUCGAAUUGGAGCAACAAUGGCGGUAACGAAAGCUGGGAGCUUGUGUUGGUAGAAGGCACAACGCCACCUUCACAAGCUUCUCAACAUUUAGCCGACGGAAUCCAACCUUCAAUGGCGAAUAAUUUAUUUGAUCACAGACCCAUAGUGCCUCAACGCCAAUAUAAUCCAUUUCUCGAAGAUGAAACGAAUAUAUCAGCAGCCAUUGCAACCACUGUUGCUGGUUUCCAAGAAAGGUUCUUCCCAAUGGAACCAACAUUUCAUGCAACACCAACUUUUUACGCUCAAAGUUGUAAUAUUGAAAUACCGACUCCAACGUUUCAUGCGAUGCCAGGUUCGGUUUCCCAGCAUCCUAAUGGGACAACAACAACAGGGUUUCAGGGUGGUGAAACUGGCGAGCCUUUCGCUCCAUGGCCAACUAUGAAAGCUAACAACAAUGUGUCAGUGGAUCAACAAAAUGUAUUAUUUCAACGACAGUUGUGGUUGCAGUGA